UGUCCCCCUGCAGCUGCAGAGCGAGACAGGAGAGUUUGUUUUUGUGAAUGAGCAGUUGUAGCGCGAGGUGGCUGUUGCUUGGUGACGGUGAGGCUCCCCCGGCCCCGCCCAUCCACCCGUGCAGAUGUCACGCGGGGGCGAAGGCGGUUGGGAGGAGAAGUCGCUCGAGCGGGGAAGCGGCGGGAGGGCGGCCGUUAGGAAAAUGGCGCCGUGCGGCCCGGGGCAGACACCCGUCACUGGGCACCGCCGCCUUCCUGGCGCAGCUGCUGUGUCACGGCCACACCGGCCGGCUGUACAGCAGGCAGGAGCCGGUGAGCAUUCUGGAGGCGGAUGGGGUUAAGGGCCUGCUUGGGAACUCGUCGGCCGCCUGGGUGGUGGAGUUCUACUGGUCGUGGGGCGGCCCCUGUGUCAACUAUGGGGCCACCUGGAAGGUACUGGGCCCGGGAGGUGAAAGUAAAAGCUAUAUUAUCACGUUGUGGUAAUGCAAUUGUCAUGUGUUUGCCAACUGAGAACAGACCUGGACCAAUGUUUCCAUAGUCCGUCCCCUCCCUGGAUUCACUCCCUUU